ACUUAUUCGCGCAAUCCUCUCUAUUCUCAACCAUGAGGAUCUCUCUCCUGCUGGCAAUUUUCGCCUCCUCAGGCUCCGUUUUUGCAGUUCAAUCUUUUAACUUGGGUGCUCAAGGUGUCAAUCUCUGGAGACUCGAAAAGGCUCAGGCUGCUUCUCCUCGGCGCUCCGGCGCAAGGCGAGUCGUUAUCCAAGGUGACACCACCGCCGCCGUUCAGGCUCGUCAGGAUGAGUUCCCGGAGCAGUGGUUUGAACAACCAACUGACCACUUCGACAAGAAAAACACUGGAACAUUCAAACAACGAUAUUGGUUCAGUACUAGGCAUUACACGCCGGGAAAAAAUGGGCCUGUGUUCGUGUUGGAUGGUGGAGAAACCAGCGGCGAAGACAGGCUACCAUACCUCGACACUGGAAUCCUGGAUAUUCUCACACGUGAAAUAGGUGGUAUUGGCAUUGUACUGGAACAUCGAUAUUACGGCAAGUCGUUCGUCACCCAGAACCUUACUACCGACUCCCUCAGGUUUUUAAAUAACGACCAAGCCGCUGCUGAUAGCGCGAACUUCAUGGCCAAUGUCAAGUUUCCCGGCAUCGACGAGGAUUUGACUUCGCCUGGUACGCCUUGGAUUUACUACGGGGGUUCGUAUGCUGGUGCUCGCUCGGCCCAUAUGCGCAUUCUCUACCCCAAACUCGUGUUCGGUGCCAUCGCUUCAAGCGGAGUAACGCAUGCAGCUCUGAGUAACUGGGAAUACAUGGAUGUCAUCCGACUUGCUGCCAAUGCAACUUGUUCUCGUAAUCUUGUCGGAUCCGUGAAAAGAAUCGACGCUAUACUAGCCAAGGGCACACAAACCGCGGCACUCAAGAAACAAUUUGGUAUCACCGACUUGAAGCAUGACGUCGAUUUCGUAUCUCUUAUUACGAGCCCUCUUGGUGGGUGGCAGAGUAAGAACUGGGAUCCUGCCGUAGGAAGCACCAGUUUCGAUCGUUUCUGCGAUGCGAUUAACCUUCCCCCGUCUGGACUUGACCAUUCCGUCGUGGGAUUGGACUUUGAAAGCCCGCACAGGCUUGUUUCCAUUGGUAAUAAUCUUACGGUUGACUAUGCUCUCGCCAACUAUGCCGAUUACAUCAAGACGCGUGUUGCUUCAAGUUGCAAGGGCUCCCAGGAAGCCUGCUUUGGCACGUUUAGCGAUACGGUAUAUCAAAAUACCGACCUCAGCGAAGAUUGGAGGUUGUGGCAAUUCCAAGUUUGUACCCAGUGGGGUUACUUCACGACUGCACCCCCCAACCCUGCUACUCCACGCAUCAUCUCCAACUUAAUUGACCUUGCAUAUCUCGAUAAAAUAUGUGCUCAAGCCUAUCUGCCUGGGCAACACUUCAAAGUUCCGAAACUUCCAGACAUCGAAUCGGUCAACAAACUUGGGGAUUUUGCUAUCGCGGCUGACAGACUGGCUAUAAUCGAUGGCGAAGAUGACCCUUGGAGGCCUGAUUGCCCCCACAGCCAAUACUACGCAAAGGACAGGCCAGACACCAUUCUCCGGCCAUUCAAGCUCAUACCCGGUGCUGUUCAUCACUGGGAUGAGAAUGGUCUCGCGAAUAUCAACGACGAGCCGCCAGAAAUCCUCAAGAUCCACCAGGAGACGAUUGCUUUCGUCAAGGAAUGGUUGAAAGAUUUUAAGAAACCUUGA